UCUUGCUCAGUGAAACCACAAAUCCCUAUAUAUAUAUAUAUAUAUAUAUAUAUGCAGUGGCACAGAGGAGACUGAGAACUGAAUUAAUUAAUUAAUUCAAUCUUUAACAAGAUGGUGAGAGCUCCUUGCUGCGCGAAGGCAGGUCUGAAUAAGGGGCAAUGGACUCCAGAGGAGGACCGGGUUUUAGUGGAGCACAUCAUGAGGUUUGGCCAUGGCAACUGGCGAGCUCUGCCUAAACAAGCCGGGCUGCUGAGGUGCGGGAAGAGCUGCAGGCUCCGAUGGGUGAACUACCUGCGGCCUGACAUCAAACGAGGAAGCUUCAGCGAGGAAGAAGAGGAGACCAUCCUUCGACUGCAUCAGAUUCUCGGCAACAGGUGGUCUGCUAUAGCAAAGAAGUUGCCUGGAAGGACGGACAACGAGAUCAAGAAUGUUUGGCACACCCAUAUGAAGAAGAAGAAGAGCUUCUUCAUGAGCCCAAACAUGCAACCAGAGAAGUCAGAAGACAAGAUGGAAAAGGUGGACAGUGGUGUAUCGCAUGAACACUACUCGAGCAGCAACGACAAUGGAGAUCGUGUCAGUGAGUCAGAGAUGGAGGACACUCUAGAAUUUUCAGCGAAAGGAAUGUCUCAAGAUGCAAGUCACCUGUUCGACUUGUGCGAUAAUGGCGACGACGACGAUAUGGAGUUUUGGAGAGCAUUAUUUGUGAGAGCUGAAGGGGAUCUAUCAGAACUUAUCUUUUGAACUGAACAAAUAUAUUUUUCUCUCUUAAAAAAAUAAAAGAAAAGAAGAAAAAAAAAGUUGGAUUUUGAUUUUUCUGAGGAAAGAAAUGGUCCUAGUUGUAUAUCAUUAAGACAGAUUAA